GUGUCUUUGGCUGUUAUCUAGAAAGAUAGAUACAAAAACAACAGCUUCUGAAACUGAGAGGUUUCACAUGGCUUGGCGCAGUGGCACAUCUGUAAGUUUAUGUGUGGGCACAAUGACGGAAAAACAGAUUCACUUUGAAAUCAAAUCAAACCAUUUCCUCUGCAGCGGCAGCAGCAAUAGCAUGACAAGCAACUGCUCGUUCGAGGGGGUGGACCACCUGAUGACAUAUCUGGAGCUGACUAUCUACAUUCCCAUCUUCCUCGUUGGUCUGUUUUUCAACGUUGCAGCGCUUUUAGUGUUCUGCAUCUUCUUGCGGAAAUGGACCGAGUCAACUAUCCACAUGACCAGCUUGGCUCUGAUGGACCUGCUCCUCCUCUUCCCCCUUCCCUUCAAAAUGCACGCCACCAACCACCUCUGGCCCGCUGACCUUCAACCUCUCUGCUCGGUUUUGGAAAGCCUGUAUUUUGUUGGGAUUUACGGCAGCAUCUACACCAUCAUGUGUAUAGCUUUGGACCGUUGGGUGGCUAUCUGUCACCCUUACAAGGCCAAAGUAUUGCGUUCACCCAAAUUGGCUCUGGGGACCAGCGUGGGGGUCUGGGUGCUGGUGCUGGCAGCCCUCUCCCCCACCGUCUAUCGCUUCAGGGAGGGCGGGCAGACGUCUGAAUUCCACUGCUUCCACAGAUUUCCAAUGAAAGGAUGGAGCCCUCUGGUGAUCAUCUGCCUGCAGGUGUUUGGGUUCCUGUUGCCUGCCCUGGUGGUGGUUUACUGCUCGGUUAAGACCAUCUGGGUGCUUCAGAAGUCGGGCGAGCACAGCCCCCAGAGCCGGGCCUGUGUGAAGAUCAUCUACAGCAGUCUAAGUGCCUUCCUGCUGCCCUUCACCCCCAGCCACCUCGGUAUCCUGCUGCAGUUCCUGGUACACCAAGGAAUAAUUCAAGACUGUGGCAACCAGACCAGGAUCAGCCUGUUUUUACAGACAGCCAUGUGUCUGUCCAACGUCACCUGCUGCCUAGACGCUCUGUGCUACUACUUCAUCGCUUAUGAGGCGAGGAGCCCCAGACACAGCUUCAGGAGAUCAAUGAUCAACCAAAGAAGAGCCACCGUAAGCACUUCAGAGUUCUGACAGCAAUUUAAUUGAAAUGUGAAUAUUAGUUGUCAGAGGACGGCUGGUGGUGAAUAGGAAACCUGGCUUCAUGAGUGUUAACCAAAAACAGGGGAGUGAAACUGAAAGAGAGCAUGUAUUGUUUUUAGUAGCUAAGUGUGUCAUGCACGAGUAACAGGUCAAAAUGCAAUCUCAAUUCGUGCUUGAGAGUAAGGGGGAAACGAUGGGAUGAUACAUGAGUUGGUACAAUGACAGGAAGCACAAAGACGCCCGUAUAGCCUCAGAGAGCUCUGUGGGCGGCAAAAAUAUCACCUUUCUUCUCAAAUGAUUUAUUGGCGGGUUUGUCAUCCAUCCUGCACACUUAGAAACUGAUGUGUGGUCUGAUGAAAAUAUAAAGCUGUCAAACAGGGCACCAGCUGCUCACUGCACAGCUCUGCAGUCUAUGAAGUCAAAAGGCACUGUGUUACUUCUUCAAACACAUAACUAAUUAUAAUAACAAUCAUCAUGAGGCUUUAUUUAUCCCUCAUAUAUGAAAUGCGGAACAACCUAAAAGUCAACUUUAUAACAAGGUCAAUAAUUAAAAAGGAAGAUAGUGAAUCCAAAAAUGACUUACAUAUUGAUUGAAAUUUCAAAUAUUCCCUUACCUGGUAAAUGAAUAAAUCAACACAGCAACCAGUAGAGAUCUGAAAACACAAAUGAAAUUGAUUAUCAAUUUUUCAAAUAUAUUUUUUUAUUAUAUUUUUAUAAACUCAAACACACUUUUGUUUACUAUUUUAAUAAUUGUUUUUUUAUUAGUUUGGUCCCCUGAACAUUGUAAAUUUCAAGAAAAAAUACUUAUAAUCAAGUACCUAAAUCUAACAGUGAUUGAUGAGACAUAAAAUAUAGCAUCACAAUAUUCACCCCAUACAUUGUGGAUAUUCUUACGUGGUUAUUUUAAUUUUAAAUGUAUCCAUCCUGUACAUUAUUAUAUAAAUAAUGCCUGAUGUUUAUUGACAAUGAAGUGUUCUGCUUGAAUGAUUUUAAAAUGCAUCUGUACAGUGAUUAUACUUAACAUAUUUUCAAUAACUGAUCCGAAUGAGGAAGUAAAUGGAAAGGUCUGGUUGAACGUUUUGGGAAAUCAAACUGACUGACAGGGUGAGUAAUCAACUUCCUUUGACUCGCAACAAAUGCUAUAACAAAUAACAAAUGUAAUUUUAUUUUGAGUUCUUUGUUGGAAUUUUUUUACAAUGUAGCUUUAAAUGUGCAAUAUAAUUGACAUUGUUAAAAGUCCUGUGUGUACUAAGACUUUCAAUAAGAUUGUUUGAUAUUAAUAUGUUUAGUAGAGGAUAUUUGGUUUUAUGUAAAUGUUGUCAAAGCUAAACCCAAAUGUAAAGUUGCACAUGCAUUACCUGCCGUACACGCUCUGCCUUAUUUCGCUCAUGUUGAACAGAGUCCUCUUGUGGUAACAGUGGAAGGUGUUCAUAGGUUUCAAUAAGGGCUUAACUGUAUUUAGAAGCAGCUUUAAAUGUUAUUGACUAUAACCAGUCGGCCAUGAUUGUAUUUACUUGCAUUACUUGUGUCUCAAUACUUUCAUUUUGCACAAGCGUACUGUGUUAAGUUUCAAUGUUAUUUGUUUGAGCUCAGUAAAAAGAAGUUGUUUUAAUUUCAGUUUUCCUUUGAAGUUUUCUUUUGAAAGUGAAAUGGUUUUUUCAUAAAGCUCUUAAGAUUUUU